UCACAAUCGAAUUGCCUGUUGGCCGGUGCGCCGCUCAUCCUAUCGAAGGAAAGGUCUCUCUUUCUCUCUCUCUCUCUCUCUCUCUCUCUCUCUCUCUCUCUCUCUCUCGCUCGCUCGCUCGCUCACUCGGUCGGCUAGCCACGUGGCGGGCCUUUUUGUUCAUCUGAGAUUGUUAUGGUAGGAUCUUUGUCACGUUGUUUGGCGGAGGAGGAGCGGGAGAAGGAGCGGGUGGCGGGGUCGGAAAAGGAGGAGUGGGAGGAGUGGGAGGAGGGACCUAAAAAGGUGCAGGGGGAAACGGAAAGGGCCGGAAGCGUCGUGGGAAGAGGAGCGGAAGGAGCGGGAGGAGCGGCAGGGGGGAAACGGGAGGGGGUUAGGAGCAGGGGAAUGAGCACGAGGGGAAAUGGGAAGGGGCGGAGGAGGUGUGGGAAGGGGGGUGGUAGAAGGCACACGAAGAGGAGCGGGAGGGGAAACAGGGAGGGGGUUAACGAACGUGUGAGAGGCGGAGGAGUGGGAGGGGAUAUUGGUGGAGAAGAUAUAGGUGGAGGAGAAGCAGGAGGAGCGGGAGGAGGAGCGGGAAAAGGAGCGGGAGGAGAAACGGGGGAAAGAGCAGGGGAAGCAGCGGGAGGAGCAGCAGGAGGGGGAGCUGGAGAAGGAGAGGGAGGAGGAGAGGGAGGAGGAGAGGGAGGAGUAGCAGGAGGAGCGAGAGCGGGGCUGUGGCGGGAUCUUUGCUAUGGCGCGGGAAGAGGAGUGGGAGGAGGGGGUGGAGGAAUGGGGGGAAGAGCAAGAAAAGCAGCGGGAGAAGGAGCAGCAGCAAGAGAUGUGGGAGGAGCAGCAAGAGGGGGAGUGGGAGAAGGAGAGGGAGGAAGAGAGGGAGGAGGAGAGGCAGGAGGAGCGGGGAACAAGCGGGAGUGGGGCUAUGAUGGGAUCUUUGUAACGUUGUUUGGUGGAGGAGCGGGAGGAGGAGAAGUGGGAGGAGCCGGAGAGUGAGCGGGAGAAGGACUGGGAGGGGAAACAAGAAGGGGCAGAGGACGCG